UUCAGCACAAAUCCAAACCCACAGCCCCAUACCAGCUAUCAUGAAGAAAAUUGCCCUAGCUAAAACGAGCACACCAAGGUAGGGUACUAGAUAUCACUGCCUAGAUAGGUACUAGAUGACGUUGCAGGAGCAAGGUCCACCAGCGAUGUGCUGUGUUGUGCUUGAUAUCCUUCUCGUGAAGAUACUGCUUGAGUGCAGUAAUGUUUUCAAUUAUUUUCACCAGUUAUGAUUUUUUUCUAAUGUAAAUGAAGAAAUUGGAAAUACUGCCUGAAGGAAACCUUCAUAUGAAAAACAUCUUUGUUACUCAGUUUCUGCUAGAGGAGUAAGGAAAAACUUUGCUAGAGGAUUUGCUUUGAAUAACGCUUCUGAAGAAGACAAGCUCUAAGAAAAACAUAGCUUAUUUUUUCCAUAGUGUGCUCAGUACACAUUAUAAUGUAUCCAACAAGAAGAAUGGGUAACAAACAAAAAAGCAAAAGAAAAAGGAAGGAAGAAAAGAGUCGAGAAAUGUCUGCCAAUUUAAAAUACCUUUCCUUGGGCAUCCUGGUUUUUCAGACCACAAGUUUAGUCUUGACCAUGCGUUAUUCUCGGACGCUGAAAGAAGAAGGACCUCGUUACUUAUCCUCCACUGCCGUAGUUAUUGCUGAACUUCUGAAGAUUUUGGCCUGUGUUCUCUUGGUCUACAAAGACAGCAAGUGCAAUUUACGGACUCUGAACAGAGUGCUACAUGACGAAAUCCUUAAUAAACCCAUGGAAACUCUUAAACUUGCUAUUCCUUCAGGAAUUUAUACUCUUCAGAAUAACUUGCUGUAUGUAGCAUUGUCGAACCUAGACGCAGCCACAUACCAGGUUACGUAUCAACUGAAAAUUCUUACCACGGCAUUGUUUUCUGUGUCCAUGUUGAGCAAGAAGUUAGGUGUAUACCAGUGGCUUUCAUUAGUAAUAUUGAUGACAGGAGUGGCAUUUGUGCAGUGGCCUUCAGACUCUCAAGUACCAGCUGCUAAGGAGCAUUCGGCAGGAUCUCAGUUAGUGGGCCUGAUGGCAGUUCUGAUAGCUUGCUUUUCCAGUGGAUUUGCUGGCGUUUAUUUUGAGAAAAUCUUAAAGGAAACCAAGCAGUCUGUGUGGAUCAGAAACAUUCAGCUUGGAUUUUUUGGUAGCAUAUUUGGACUGAUGGGUGUAUACAUUUAUGAUGGAGAACAACUGUCAAAGAAUGGAUUUUUUCAAGGAUACAAUAAACUUACUUGGGUAGUUGUUGUUCUACAGGCACUUGGAGGGCUGGUGAUUGCUGCUGUUAUAAAAUAUGCAGACAACAUUUUAAAGGGAUUUGCAACUUCUCUCUCUAUUAUUCUAUCAACAUUGAUUUCCUAUUUCUGGCUGCAAGAUUUUGUCCCUACAAGUGUCUUUUUCUUUGGAGCUGUCCUUGUAAUAGCAGCUACUUUCCUAUACGGUUAUGAUCCCAAACCUGCAGGAAAUCCCAUUAAGGCAUAGCACACUUCCUCAUCAACCUGCUUCUCAAGAUCAUGCACUGGGGGCCUUGCUAACAAUGGCAUGUGGAAAGUGUCGUUGUGCACUGCAAGGAAAGGAUUCCUACCCUGAAUCUAUUGAAGAAAUGCUUAUGAGUAGUUUCGAACAGCCAGAAGGGUUGAAGGUGAUGAUACUGUCUGUAACUGACGAGAGGAAAAAGAAAAAGGCAGGGGAUUUUCCAGUGCAACUUGCUAAUAAAAACUUGAACAAAAAGUUUCCAAGCAACUGCAAUUAGGAAUGUUUACAGCUUUGACUGGGAUUGCAUCAAAAGAAUUUACUGUACUGACUGCUGCAGAAAUCCGUCCUAUGCACUCUUUGAAAGAGCACAUGACAACAUUGUCAGAUUGUAUGGGUUUGCAAUUUGACUGUAUUUAAUCUUAGUAAAUAUGGUUUUUAACUGUUUGUCUAGCUACAUGAAAUCAGAUGAAUACACAUCAUAGUUCUAAAGUGAUGGCUCUAAUUAGGUAUUCCUAUUAAAACUGUGAAGAUUGCAGUAUGAUCGAAAGACACUUUCAUAAGAUCAAAUAUUUUUAUAUUUUUAGAAGGCUGAUUUAAUAACAGAAACCUGUUAUUAAAUUAUAAUAAUAUAAUUCUGUUGCUUAUAUAAAACUAUUGUAAGAAUGUUAACAUUCAAAGGAAGACAUUCAGAGUGAAAGCUGGAAAUCUUUGUGGAUUCUCUGGCCAUCAUCAGGAUAGCCUGUAGUGUUCCAACAGAUGGGAAAACCCUGCUCUGUGAACACAGGCUGGAGGCUCCUGCACUAAUCUGGUCCUGACAGAGUGCUUGCUCAGAGGUAAUGCUCAUUCUUUUUAUCGAUUAUAAAUCAACUUCUUGGUAGAACCUUUAAAGUAGAUUUUGUGCUUUAAAUAUCCUCUGGGGAUUUUUUAACCACAAUUUAGAACAAAAAGCCCAUAAUAAACAUUCUGAAUGCAUUAUUGUUGUCUGUAACAGCUCCAUCUGGAGCUAUUCUGGUCUAUCAUCUGUAUACUGUACUGUACUUUUACAGAUGUCUUUUUUAAACAAGUGGUGUUUACUCAUGACCUCUCCAAGGCUUUUCCAGUCCAUUUCUAUGUAGUGGCUUAAUUAGAGAUUAUUUUUUUUAUUGUUAUUAUUUUGGUCUGGGAGUCCUUGAGCCAACAUGAGACCAAAAUGGGUUCUCUGGAGCUAUUCAGUUUAGUAGUAGAAUUACUUUAAUAGGAAACAUAAUGCAAAAGUGAUUAAUUGUGCAAUAGGUAAAUAUAAAAGCAUGCUGUUCUUCUGUUUUAAACCAAAACCAAACUUCGUAAGGAGACCUAGAUGCAAUCAGAACUUAGAUCAAUGAGACUGUUAUGAACACUUCACUUGUUGAAGUAUUUCCAUAUAACCAGAAAUACACACACACAAAAAUUAAAAAUGAGGGAACUAAUAAACAAAAAAAGGUGUCUUAAAAAGCACUUGUUUUCAGGAGGCCUGUUCACAAUGGAUAUUUAUGUAGAGAGACUUCUUACCCACACAUAACACUUGUAAAGAUACGCAUUUAUACAAACCCCAUCGAUAGUCCCUUAACCUGUAGAAUGGCAAGUGGCACAAAUGUAUGGUUUCCUUCAUUUCCCCCUAAUGCUCGUUAUGGCUUCUGUCCUGUGCUAAUGAACAUGUGAAGAGAGGGAUGUUUUAAAACGUUAAUCAAAGUGUCUCAUCCUCUUGUCCACAUUUUAGUGGUGGAUUGACAAGGAGAGUCUGGAAGAGGGCUCUGAGAUUUUUUAAUGAAGUACUGUAAAUGGGAAAGGAGAAAUUCCACUUACGUCAGCCAAGUAAAAACAGUGUUUUCUUUCUGUUGGCAGUGACAUGGAUUAUCAGCUUUUUGGUUGUUUAUCAUAUCAGAGCAAGACAUGAAAGAAAUUUCAGAGUCAAGGGCUUGCUAAGCUCUGUGAACUGUGAAUCUGUCCCAGCAUGCCAUACCUGCAGUCAAAUUGGUAGUCAAAACUAUCUUGUAUUACCCUAACUUGGCAUGCUGUGUUGAUCUUCAGCCUUUUACCUAUAACCCUUAAUGGGACAAAAUCUUUCAAAAAUUAAAUGUAGUCAUUUGGCCACUAAAAUGCAACAUGAAGUAAGAUAGAACAGCAUAGAGCAGUGGCUCACAGCACUGCUUGUGUAGAAUGGGAAGUGCAGAAUGACUCUGAAAUUAUGAAGUUGGUAGUAAUAUCUGAAUUGGAGCUUGGCUUACACGAUGGUACUUUUGAUUGCGUCAAUCACAGUAGUGGAAAUGUUCAGGUGAUAUAAUUGGUUACUUCUCCAAGGAAUCUCUCCCAGAACCAUAAGCAGCAGGUUGAGAACACUUUAAAGCUGGGUGUACAGGAAGGGACCAAGUAGGCCACCCAAUCACCACAUUGCUGGAGUUGUGUUAUGUAUAACCCAGGUUUAGUAUUUUCUGGUGAACCCGUCAAUAUUUGUCACUAAGGAACAGUUUAAAGGAAAGAAUAGGAAUAUGUGCUCUUUGCUUUUGAAUAGGAUGUCCUACAGCUUUGGAAAACACUCUAUCUACUGUACUAAGGAACAGUAACUCCUGUCCAUCGAUCGGUGACUCUUCUGUGCUUUCAACUGACAGUUCCAUUAAAUUUUUCAGUAGUUCUCUUCAUACACUUGUUGCUAUAAAGGAAAUAGGAAUUUGCAUUUUCAGCUGUCUUUCCUUAGCCCUUUCCAGGCUAAGAUUCUUGUCUGAGGCCCUCCAGAUUGAAAAGCAUUAUUCUAGACAAAGGGAGACGGUGUAUGUUUCUGGAGAACAGAAAAGAUUUGAGGAGGGAUCAGUGAUUUCUGUGACCUUUGCAAUCUGUGAGCAUAUGCACAUUUUCUCUUUGAGAUACCUUUGUAUCUUAAAACUUUCGGUCUAUAGCUCGUAACUAACCAAAGAAGCUUAGCUAGCACAGAACAUCGGGAAGUAGGGGGUAGCGUGCUUUGAGUUUGCCCUAAAAGCAAUCUGUAGGAAUCUAACAUUCCAUAAACAAACCUCCUUUUCUGAACUGUUUUUUCUGACUUUUAGUCAACAGAUUCCUUAGUUUAGUUGUAUAUUUAGGGGGCUAAGCUUAAUUUAGCAGAAUUUUAUUUAAAUAUUUAUAAAAUUAUAGCCAGGUAUUUAUUUGCAAUAACUUGAAUGAUGUGAUUUUCUUUGAGAUUUACAUAAUGGGAGUACUAGUAUUUAUUGAGUAAUCGGAUAUUUGGUAGUUUUAUUUGAGAAUCUCUGGGAUACAUAAGAAAUGGUCAAAUAAACUUAGAACUGUCUUCAAAGUAAAAUAAACCAGCAGUUCAGUGGUGAAAAAUCUUGAGUGUAAUAUAAAGUAAGAUAAACUUUUCUUUAAACAUUGUAUUUCUGUGCUAUCCACAAGUGCCCAGGAAUCUUUUUUCUUAAAGAAUUCAGAUAAUUUUAUAGUUCUAUUCAACUUCUUUGUUUUAGAGAAACUACAAGAAACUUCCCUUUUUGUUUGCUUAAUAAGGGAUAGAUUAAUGUUCUAGAUCCGGCUUCUACAAGAUAACACCUUGGGGGUUUUACUGUAACUUUUUAAAACUAUUGUUUUAUUUUUCCUCAAAAAUAUAUUGCUUACAUUUCAGUUACUCAUACAGUCUUCUCUGAUUUUUGGCAGUAUGUACCUGUUUUGUGUUCCUAACUUAUUUUUGUGGCUGUAAUUCGAAAGACUGUAAUGGAUUACGUUGAAUUGUUUUAAAACUGAUAAAUGAAACCUUGCAUUUCUUCUGGAUUUUGUUGUCAGUAACUUUCAUAUUUUAAUAUAUUUCCUUAUCAGCCACGCAUGUUCUGUUGUAUUUAAGCUACUGUUACUUUCCAGAUUUGAAGCUGUUGCUCAUUUUCCUCCUCUGACAGUUUUUCUUGCUGGAUAUUGUCAAUGAGGGAGAUUAUUCAUUGUUUUCUUCUCAGAAAUCCAUGUUUUGUAAGAAUGAGGUAUUAAAAAACACGACAGGUUUUUGGAUGUAUUAGAAAGGUAAUGUUUAUCUAUACCAUGGUAUUACACCAUAUAUGUGGUAGUGUAUCAUUACCUGUGGUGCUCAGUUCUUGUAAGAAAGUCCAUAGAAGUGUUUCCUUGCCUUUGUGUUCAUCGUUCUGUUGAUAAUGCUGAUUAUUUUCCACAGGAAGUUAUUAAAGAGUUCUGCUCCUUCCAGGUAAGCUCUUUCUAUGUUUUUAGAUAUCUAGAAUUAAGGUAUUUUUACUGAAAAAAUGCAGGGAGAAAUGCACCAAAAUAAGUGGAGGUAAUUAGAUGGUAUCUUCUGCUCUGGUUACUGUUAAGACAGAUUCUCUUCAGUUGAAUUUAGAACUCUUUCUAGAAGCAACAGAACUCUGUCCUGAGGUGUCAUUCAGUGCUCAUUCUUGAAUGUCUGCUGCAUGUUUACAUCCAAGAGUAGACGUGACAUGUUUAAUUCUCACCUUCAACCUUCCAUCACUGUUCUGACUGUAAAUUAGCCACAUCCAUUCCAUUAGCAAUGGACAGCUCAGUUGGAAUUGCUUCUAUGCCAAGCAUAUGUCUACAUUUGCUGUCAUGAGUUAACACUUUUUUAGAUUUUUAAAAGCUUGUUUUUAUUGUCAAUAUAUUUCAAAUUUAAUUUUAAAUGUAUGAGCCCAAAUAUAAAUAAUAUAUUCAAACAUUGUAGCAAUUUUUAAGGUAGUCCUAGGAUUUUAUAUAUGUUGAUAUUCGUGUGUGGUUACACUGAAUACAGUUCUAAUACAUGGUGUUUCCAGGCAGCUUGGAAAUAGGUUAUUUUUUUGGUAUAACACUGCUGAACCAUGGAAUGCAUCUUACAUGACCCAAUACAGUCUUCUUUUAAACCAUGUUGAGGUAAAAUACCGUAUUUUUUUUUUCCUCCUGUAUGUGUAGAUAAUGUCACCAUAGUAAUUGGUUAAAAGUAAGCACUAGCUUUGUUAAGAAUAUGAUAUGAAACUGCUUCAGAGCUUUGUAAAUGCAGAGGCUUGCCUUAUGCAUAUUUUGGCAGAAAUAAAACAAUGUUUGAAUUAACA